AUGGGGAGAAGAUCCCUUAAACUUCUCCAUGCAUUUUUAAUGCUUUUACUGCAAUUGAAACCAGCCCUUGGAUUUAUUUCAGGGGUUGAAGAUGCUAACGUUAGGUGCAUAGAGAGUGAGAGACAGGCACUCCUUGAGUUCAAAAAAGGCCUUGUUGAUGACUAUGGUAGGCUCUCUUCAUGGGCAAGCCAAGAUGAAAACAAGAACUGCUGCAACUGGAAAGGAGUUCAUUGCAGCAAGCAAACAGGCCAUGUACUCAAGCUUGAUCUUCAGGGUGAUUCAGAAAAAACACAACCUUUGCAAUGUAACAUUAGUUCUUCACUGCUUGAAUUGCAUCAUUUGAGUUCUUUGGACCUCAGUUACAAUGAUUUCAAUAUGAGCCAAAUCCCAGAGUUUAUUGGUUCUUUCAAUAACUUAAAGAACCUAAAUCUCUUAGAGGCUGAGUUUGGUGGGACUAUUCCUUACAAACUUGGAAACCUUUCCCACUUGGAGUCUAUUGACCUCUCCUCAAAUCAUUUACAAGGUUCAAUUCCAGAUGCCUUUGUCAAAAUGAAUUCUCUUGAAAGUCGCAGUCUAGACGAAAACCAACUUGAAGGUAAGUUACCAAAGUCCUUAGGAAAUAUAUGUACUCUAAGUUCAUUGUCCCUCUCCGAUAAUAAGCUCAAUGGACAACUUGUUGAGUUCAUCAAUAGCUUGUCUGGGUGUGCGAAAGACUCACUAGAGAUGUUGGAUUUAUCAUUGAAUCAUAUUACGGGAUCGUUGCCUGACUUCUCAGUAUUUCCGUCCUUAAAACAAUUGUAUCUUGCGUCCAACAAUAUAACUGGGACUGUGCCCAAAGGAAUUGGAAACCUACACCAGCUCGAGCAAUUUGAUAUUUCUUUCAAUUCUUUACAUGAUAUCUCCGAUACUGGAAUUUCGGAUAAGAUUCCUAAAUGGUUUUUUGACUUGCCUCCUACUUUGCAAUAUCUAGAUAUGAGUGGUAACCGAUUGGAGGGUCUACUGCAUCUUUUUGUUUUCCCACCUAAAAUGACAGUCUUGAGUAUAGCCGAAAAUCGUUUUUCGGGGAUAGCUUCGUCUGUUUCUAAAAUCAGGGGUGGGAUUUUAAAUUUCCUAGACCUCUCAGACAACCUUUUAUCUGGACAUCUCCCCAAUUGUUUUAUGCAUUUGCGUAAGCUACUCAUUCUGAACUUGGCUGGCAACAAUUUCACUGGGGAAAUUCCAAGCUCUUUUGGCUCUUUGUCUCAGCUGCAUACUUUGAUUUUGCGCAAUAAUAGUUUCUCUGGAGAAUUACCUUUGCCUCUAAAAAAUUGCAGUUUGUUGAAGUUUGUAGACUUGGGAAACAAUAAAUUCUCUGGAUCAGUACCAGCUUGGAUUGGGGAGGGCUUGCCACUGUUGAAUAUUCUUAUCCUACGUUCCAAUAAGUUUGGUGGAAGCAUACCAUUGAAUCUAUGUUGGUUGAAAUAUUUACGAAUCUUGGAUCUUUCUGUAAAUAACAUAUCUGGAACUAUACCACAAUGCUUCAACAAUUUCACUACCAUGGCUCAAAAAGGAGAUUUGUUCAGUGGAAUCAUUGGUAGUAAUUACACUGAUUCAUAUGUUUAUGAUUAUGAUGAUACAGAAGAAUUCAUUAAUGAUGCAAUGGUUAUAAUGAAAGGAAGGGAGUUGGAGUACGGAAAAUAUCUUGGACUAUUAAAGAUCAUUAACCUUGUAAGUAACAAAUUGAUAGGGAAAGUUCCAAGUGAAAUCUCGAGCCUCUUGGAGUUGGUUGUUCUGAACAUAUCAAGAAACAAGUUAAUUGGAGAAAUCCCACAAAUGAUCGGACAGUUGAAGCAGUUGCAAUCACUUGAUAUGUCAAGGAAUCAAUUUUCAAAUGAAAUCCCAUCUAGCAUGUCAGAGUUACAUUUCCUAAGCGACUUGGACUUGUCUUACAACAAUUUGUCUAGAAAAAUUCCUUCAGGCACUCACCUACAAAGCUUUGAUGCAGUUGAUUUUAUUGGAAACUGGGCACUUUAUGGGCCUCCACUUCCAAAUAAGUGCCCAGGUGAAGAAACACCAAACCAAAGUGAUCAACCAACUGAUCAUGAUGGCAAUGAAGAUAAUGAAAAGGAUGGAGAUGAAUUUGAGAAAUGGUUUUUUGCUGUAGCAGGAUUUGGAUUUUUUAUAGGAUUUUGGGGAAUUUGUGGACCUUUGGUCUUUAAGAGUUCUUGGAGGGGUGCUUACUUCUGUUUCUGGACAACAUGA